UGAUUAUCUAUGGUAUCAUUUUCUGUUCUAGAACGCCAUAUUUUUGUGUUUAAUUUUUAUUUGUGACACGACAAAAAAAUAUACAAAAUAUAUACUUAGACCUUGCUAUUGAGAUUAAUAAGUAUUAAAAAUGGAAAACCAAGGUGGAACUUCUGGACCUAGAGUAAGUGAUAAACGAUUAGCACAAACACAAGCUAAGGUAGAUGAAGUCGUUGGUAUUAUGCGUGUUAAUGUUGAAAAAGUAUUGGAAAGGGAUCAAAAGUUGUCUGAAUUGGACAAUCGUGCAGAUGCUCUUCAACAUGGGGCUGCACAGUUCGAACAGCAAGCUGGUAAGCUUAAAAGAAAAUACUGGUGGCAAAAUUUAAAGAUGAUGUUGAUUAUUGGUGCUAUAGGCGCAGUCCUUCUGAUCAUUAUUAUUGUAUGGGCUACAUCUGGUUCGAGUUCAUCAUCAAAUGCUGCAGCGGUUACCCCAGCUCCGGAAGCACCUGCAGGACGAUAAAUAACCACACAGUUCCCGUGAACUAUUUUGAAAAAGGCUAUCACAAAGGUUUUUUCUAUAGUACCUUGACUGACGAAAUAAAACUAUUUUUUAACAAUUUACUCUUCGUAACCGAAAGCCUGCACAUAGUAUAUACAAAAAUUUCUUACAAUUUUUACAUAGCAACUUUUGAUAAAGCAUCUACCUACUUCAUAAAAUUUUAUGUGUUUGGAAUGACCAGUGUUAAUAUUGUUAUAUCAUAAAGACUAAUACUAAUAUUACAUAAUUAAGUAUUGAUUUAAUGUUGCUUUAAAAUUUAAAUUGAUAUAAUAAAUGUUGAAUGGUGUAGCUGUACACUUGCUAAAUAAGCCAAUCUGUAAUAUUGUUAUUUUUUUAAGUAAAUAAUAGGUUAGGGAAAGCAAAAAAGCGAAUGCGAUUUUUGUAAGCUAAAACAAAUAUAUAUUUUGAUGUUUGAUACAAAAUUGUUGCUUUACAUGUUGUUAUUGACGGUUACUAAAAAUUUAAACUAUGUUAUGAGCACAAAAUGUAUUGUACUACCAGCACAAAUUUUUAAAGAGUUUUAAAAUAUUUCUAUGGGUUUUAAACUUUCAAGAAUAAAACAGGGUUGAAUAGAUCGCAGUCUUUUUGGACAUAUUAAUAUUAUAUAUUUGCUAAAACAUGCGCCAAGUUUUCAAAGAGGGCUAGUAAAAAGUAUAACACCCAAACUAAUGCCAAGCAAAAGUUUGUCUUUAAAGAUAAAUAUAUUAUAUUUACACUCUUGUUUAAUUUUCUAAGCAUUUUCAUACAGUUUGUUGUAAGGGACCAACAUUUAUUUGUAAGGAUUUGGAUCCACACAGUUUUUCAAUAUCUCCUGACCACAAGUUGAUGUUGUAAACCUAAUCCAAGAAAUAAUCAUCUCUUUAUAUCUUGUUGUUUAUAUUGUAAAAGGUGGAAUAAAUGUAUUAUUCAAGUAUUGU